AUGGAGUCACCCAGUAUCACCACCAUCAACACCGAUAGUAUACCCUGGCUCUCCUGCUUCGCAGCAGCACUCGGAAUAACCCAACUUAGCCACACACAAACAAAUCAAAAGCGACAAAUCCUCGGUCCAAGAAUAACCGCAUCCCUCCAUGAAGGUCUCUGCCAAAAGAAAACAGUACAUCUGAGCCGGAAACCGCUAGUCCGUCCAUCCAGGCCCACAGCAUGGUCAGUGCUUCUGGCGGUGAUACAUUCGGACUUACCUGCACACCAGGACUGUGGACAGACAAGAAACAUUCAACCUGGUCUGAAUCCUUAUGAAUUUUACAAUGUCAAAAGUGCAGAAUGUAUCAUCACCAUUACGGAUGUUAGUGCCUCGUCUGGAGAGGGAUGGGAUGAUCUUGAGAAGCAGCCGCUUGUACAGCAUAAGCUUGCUAGGUGUACGGUUAUUUCGAGGACGACGCUGAUGACGCUACUAUGUGUUGUUAAUGCGCAGUUUUUGUCUGUUUCUAGUACGUCGGCUGGGUACUUUGCUUUUUAUACAUGUUAUACUGGACAGUGGGGGGUUGAGUGGCCGAUUGGCGAUAAGGCCAGGGUAUAUUUCUCCGCGCAUGAGUCGGGAUCGUUCACGAAAGACGUUUAUCCCGCUUUAGUGGAACAGAGAGUAGACAAGUGUCUACAGAUGUUAGCGGGGGUGAUUGAUUGUCGGCCCUUGCAUGAGUUUAUGUGUGCGUUCCCCGGACGGGAAACAUCAGGCAACUGGGUUCUUCGAUAUGUACCGCGGGAAUUUCGAGGUGCACAUGGGGGCAGUCGUCUAUACACCCUUACCGGAGGAAAUGUGGACGAACUGGAUUAUUUGCACAUGAGAACUGUGGAUUAUGAGCUCGGUGAAAAAGAGAAAGAUGGGGCAACGAUUCUGCAUCUGCCUAACAAGUAUGAUGGAUCCCACGAUGUGAGACUGUAUGUUGGACCAACGGAGGCAGCUAUUCUGAAUGAAGCUUUGGACUGUCUACCGUGGAACUUUCUAUCAUGGUCUAUACAUCGUGGAAUGCGGGAUAUCCUGCUUGCAUUUGCAAAGGAACGCAUGGAUCAACAUAGAGGUAAGCUUGCAGCUACGCUUGGCCAUGCAGUGACCGCGUGGUCGCAUAAGUUAGAAGCAAGGGGAUGGGACUCUUCAUUCGUCACAACAGACAUGGGAAACAUGGCAAUGGGUGCUAUCAUGGCAGGAAGUGGGGAUUUAGCAGAUCUUGUCCGAAUAGUGACGGAUAUUGCACUGAUAUUGUGGGACGGAAUGGCAUCAGAUUUGGACAAGACGACAUUUUGGAGCAAUCAGAGCCCCUCAAAUGAAUUGGGGGUACUUAGUCCAAUGGCUAUUAUUGCAUUGGUUAAGGUCUUUGUGUUGGAGUGGAGCGUUGAUCUGGAUUAUCAAAUGUAUCAUGACCUUCCAACGGACAUUUACUUGGGAUAG